AUGGAACAGCCUUCUUCUUCGGGUGCCUCAACUUCGGCAAGUCCAAGUCCUGCACUUUCUGCUACAACAUGGACGAAGGACUGGAUCUUUGGCGCCGCAAGCGCCAAGGUGGAUCGCAGUGAUUGCCGCCUCCCGAUUUGGGAGAACGAGAUUUCACCCUCGCUGGCUGGUCGAGCUUACGUGGCCGAGGGCGGGGAUUGCAAGAAUCCGGACUCGAUCGAUGAGAUCAAUGAAGCCCCUUUGAAUUCGCAGAACGCAGACUUUGACGAAGCACUGGCUGGUACCACUUUGGACCGGCACCUUCUUGAAGACCGAGACGGUCAUAUCAUCGAGGCCCGCGUGGCUCUCUUGGACACGGCGUGCACGGCCUGCCUUCACUCAAAGAAAUGGAGACAAGCCUGCAGCUUGACACUUCCGCCUGGAUACCAGUGCACCGCCACUAGCUCCAAGAAGACCUUUCAUUUCGCCAAUGGCGAUAGUGAGAGUCGAAUGGUGGUAUGGCGCAUACCAAUCUUUCUCCAAGGCGUGGCCGGUGAGGUGCACUCUGCCGAGCUCGACACGGGGGCCACUCCACUUCUCUUCCCGAUUCCGGCGAUGCAGGCUUUGGACAUGGCGCUCUACAUGAAGGACCUGAAGGUUGGCGUCCGAACCCUCGACCUCGAGAUGCCCAUGCAGGUCACACGUUCCAAGCACAUUGCCCUGGACAUCGCUUUUGACCCGUCGUUUGGUGCGCGAGAAGAUCGGCAAGCAGGUGGUCAGCCACGGGCGCGUUCCGAUGCAGGAGACUUCGUGGCCUACUUUGUGGACGAGGCGCGGCUGCCAAUACUUCACCAAUGCGCGCCACCGGUGGAAGCCCAAGCUUUCUGGAGUCGGGGCAAGGCAGCUCCGAACCUUGGGCCCCGAGGAAGCACCAAUUAUAUUCAACGCUCCUGGUCAGCCCUGAAGCACGACUUCACCAUGGCAGAGCAACACGCCACACGCGGCUUCAAGGACACGGUGAUCUUUGAACCUUUUGCCGGCGCCUUUGGCAUUACGCGAGUUGCGGCGGAGGAGUUUGGCUGGACUUGUUCUCAACCGAUGGACCUCCUUGACGGCUACGACCUUCUUUCCGGAGCAGGCCGACAGCUCGUGAAGCAGGUACUGGCAGAGCAUCGUCCGUACCUGGUUGUCUUGGCCUUCGACUGCCGCAUAUGGUCAUCGUUGACAAACUUGAGUCCAGAACAAGCCUGGGAUCAACUUCGUCGAGGAGUCGGGCGACGAGCUCUGCAGUUGGUUCGUUGGAUAUGCCAGGAGCAAGAUCGAGCCGGACGAUACUACCUAGUGGAGAAUCCAUGUGGUUCCGUUGCCUGGUUCUUUGAGGGCAUCCUCGGCAAGCUGCUGGAGAAUGCGCGCGGCAAGUUCCUUUAUGGCGACCAGUGUCGUUUCGGGAAGAAGGACUCUGAGAGCAAGAGGCCCGUUCGGAAGAGGACCGGCUGGCUUAGCAAUUCGGAGCCCAUCCUGAACCAAUGGGCAAGCAGUGUGUCUGCCCGCCUGGCGCAUGAGCAAGUUCUAGGAAGCAACACUGGUGGACUUCGAUCCAAGCAAGCCGCAGAGUAUCCCAGAGCGCUUUGCCGAGCUGUAUGCCAAGGAGCUCUUGAGACGAUGGUGCUUGACUAUGCGGCCGACAUGACCUACCACCAGGGCAUCUCCUUUGAAGGCGCCUACGAGGGCGGAGAGGAUGCCCAUGACUUCGACUCUGGUGACGAGGAUCAAGAGGAGCCAGCGGAAGACGAGUGGAGACUUGAAGACGGAGAUCGACUUCUACGACUUCAUCGUGAGGCGGACAAUGAUGGUGUUGCAGGACGGCGCCAGAAGAGAGCAUGUCGACAACUGGCACGAAGCAUCAUGGAACCCGCGUGGGAUUGCAAUGGACCACCUGUGGACCGACUGCAGACGGCCGUCCCGGCUUUGGAGGAGGAAAUCCAACAGCAGCGCCAGCAACAACCACCACCAGAUCAACAUGGGCACUUCGACGGGUCAGCGGCACCUUUUGAUUCUGCCGCCUACCCGGAUGACCACAUGAGUGACUACGAGCCCUCUCCUGUGGAUCGGCCAGCUGGACCCUAUCCACUACAACCUCCAGCUUCUUCACAUCCACUACCAGAAGGCACCGAGACGGAGCACCAUGGCAUGGAGGAUUUAGAUAGACCGUUGGAAGAAAUCCGACAGCAGCAGCAACAACCACGACCAGAUCAACGGGCACUUCGACGUAGACAGCGUACUAGACAGCUUCAGCGUGGUUUCUGGACCGAGGUUAGCCAUGAGGGCACCGUCGGGCUUCUAGAGUUGACACUGGACUAUGUGCAGCAGGAGGGGGCUAUCGGGUGGAACAAGAUCAACACCGACACCGACUUGGGGAAGGCAUGGGUCUCCCUAGAAGGUGGCAGUGCCGAUGUCUCCUUGAUCCUUUGCUCCACGGUAGCCCGCAGGUUAAAGAAGCCGCGACCACAUGCAGGUCCUCAUGACGUACCCCUUCGGCGUUCCUAUUUGCUGCUGGAUGACGGCACGGUGCUCACUACGGACUGGGAGUCUUUGGGCACGAUGUCACCCUCAUCUCAGGUUCGUCCUUUGGUGGCGCCGCAGAGGCGCCUUUACUUGGUGCUGUUGAGAUCGGAGAAGAGGAUGCCGGCGAAGAGCCCGAUCAGCUACAGCAACGUGAAGAGGCAAGGGAGAGGAAAUGGCAAGCGUUGCCGAGAGAGUUGA